AUGGUUCAAUUGAAAAGUGGAGACAAGCCGGUCAACGUCCAAAAUAAUAACUCCAUAUUUCAUCUUGCUGUCACUCGCUUACAAGAGAAAGUCUUUUGUCUCAUUGACCACACAAGAGCUAUUAAAGAUUUAUUGAUGAUCUUUAGAGAUAAAUCCGGAAACAACAUUUUGCACUUGGCUGCAAAAUUAGCACCUUCAAACAGACUCGAUAGUGUAUCUGGAGCAGCUCUUCAAAAGCAGAGAGAGCUAUUAUGGUUUAAGGAAGUGGAGCAGAUUCUAUUGCCUUUCAAUGUUCAGAUGAAAAACAUUGAUGACAAAACACCUAAGGAGUUGUUUACGAAGCAGCAUAAGAAGUUAUGGGAAGCUGGUGAGAAGUGGAUGAAGGACACGGCAACUUCUUGCAUGGUUGUGGCAACCUUAAUUGCCACUGUUGUGUUUGCUGUAGCUUUUACUAUACCAGGUGGGAAUAAGGAAGAAACAAGCGCUCCAAUUUUCUUGAGCAAUGGGUGGUUCACAAUUUUUAUUACAUCUGAUGCAGUGGCAAUGUUUAGCUCUACAACUUCCAUAAUGAAGUUCUUUACACUCUUUGUUUCAAUCGUUAUGGAUUUCCCUAAUCCACUCAACAAUCUGAGCGUCAAGGUUUAUGUUUUGACCGGUUAUUACUUUGUUGUUGUUGUGUUUUCUAAUAAAAGGCUUUGUUUUUCGAGUGCGAGAGAAGUGGAGAAGCUUUCUAUUUUUUAUUAA